ACAGAGCAAGACUCUUAUCUCGAAAAAAAAACAAACGAAAAAAACUCCACAAGCACAACUGUAAGACAAGAUUUUGAUGGGUUUGUUUACAUAAAAUUUUACAUAGAACAAAAAUAAGGAAUAAUGCAUGAAUAAUGGCAACAGUAGAUUAAGAGAAGGUGUUUGCAGCCUUUAAAAUUGGCAAGGCUUACUAUUUAGAACUCCCACACAUCAAAUAAAGGAGACAGGAAUCCUGACGGAAACGCAGGCCAAGGGCCGGAGUGGGCCACUCAGAGACCAGGGGCCAGUGGCCUGUGUGGAGCCGCCGUCUACAGGCAGCUGGGGUGCUGGCUGCACCUGCAGACAGGAAGGUUAGAAAGCGGGCAGUGCAGGCAUCCAAGAGUCCGUCCCCUGCGACCCAGCCACUGUCCAUCCAGCAGGGCUCGCGUGUGGCCGGGGCGCAGUGCCAGGGUCCUCGCGGAGGGAGCCCUGCACAUGCCUCCAGCCUCAGAAGGAGGCUGAACUUGAGGUCGGGCUCCUGACCACCACUACUUGCACCUCCACUAACUACACCCCUAAAUAUGUCCGUAAAUGUUACCAAGAUUGGUAUAAAAAGUUAUAGCCAAAGGAAGAUGGUGCAGCAGAUUCUGGGCCUGGGCUCCUCCACUGCCUGGAACCCAGCGAGCCCCCUGUGCUGGCUGUUGCGGCUUUUCUGCCUCCCUCCCUUCUUUCCUUUCCUUCAAAAGUAACACAACUUGAAAAACCACCCACCCAAACAGAGUUGUCUGAAGUGAAAACGGAAAGACAUUCCCCGGGCCGAACCCCUUUAGGUGCUGUGCGUGCACGUGUCCCUCAGAGGGCUCCCACUGCAGUGUGGUCACCUCCAGCAGCCGGUCCUGCAGCUCUUGAGUAGACAGCCCUGAGGCCACCAGAGCCACUUUGUCACCAGGAGCAGAGAGCCAGGAGCCCCUGGGAGGUGGCACAUCUUCCUGGGAGGGUCCUCGGCCAGUGACUGAGCAGAGUGAGAGCCCACAGUUGCAUCCAGUGGUGCCCGGACUCUACUGCCAAGACCAGGCUCACGCCGAGAGGUGGGCUAUGACCUCCGAGGCCUCUUCUGGAAGCCACUGUGCCAGGAGCAGGAUGCUGCGGCGGCGGGCCCAGGAAGAGGACAGCACCGUCCUGAUCAAUGUGAGCCCCCCUGGGGCAGAGAAUAGGGGCCCUUACGGGAGCACAGCCCACACCUCGGAGCCAGGUGGACAGCAAGCGGCCGCCUGCAGAGCUGGAGCUGGGAGCCCUGCCAAGCCCCGGAUUGCAGACUUUGUCCUUGUUUGGGAGGAGGACCUGAAGCUGGACUGGCAGCAGAACAGUGCCUCCCGGGACAGAACAGACACGCACAGGACCUGGAGGGAGACUUUUCUGGAUAAUCUUCGUGCGGCUGGGCUGCAUGUAGACCAGGCUCUCACGGAGCCCUGGGUGCCUGCAGCACAACGUCCAGGACGGGAACACCACAGUGCACUACGCCCUCCUCAGCGCCUCCUGGGCUGUGCUCUGCUACUACGCCGAAGACCUGCGCCUGAAGCUGCCCUUGCAGUGGGAGGAGCCACGGACAUUUCCUUCCAGGAGUUACCCAACCAGGCCUCCAACUGGUCGGCCGAGCUGCUGGCAUGGCUGGGCAUCCCCAAUGUCCUGCUGGAAGUUGUGCCAGACGUGCCCCCCGAGUACUACUCCUGCCAGUUCAGAGUGAACAAGCUGCCACGCUUCCUCGGGAGUGACAACCAGGACACCUUCUUCACAAGCACCAAGAGGCACCAAAUUCUGUUUGAGAUCCUGGCCAAGACCCCAUACGGCCACGAGAAGAAAAACCUGCUUGGGAUCCACCAGCUGCUGGCAGAGGGUGUCCUCAGCGCUGCCUUCCCCCUGCACGACGGCCCCUUCAAGACGCCCCCAGAGGGCCCACAGGCUCCGCACCUCAACCAGCGCCAAGUCCUUUACCAGCACUGGGCGCGCUGGGGCAAGUGGAACAAGUACCAGCCCCUGGACCACGUGCGCAGGUACUUCGGAGAGAAGGUGGCCCUCUACUUCGCCUGGCUCGGGUUUUACACGGGCUGGCUCCUGCCAGCAGCGGUGGUGGGCACACUGGUGUUCCUGGUGGGCUGCUUCCUGGUGUUCUCAGAUAUACCCACGCAGGAACUGUGUGGCAGCAAGGACAGCUUUGAGAUGUGCCCACUUUGCCUCGAUUGCCCUUUCUGGCUGCUCUCCAGCGCCUGUGCCCUGGCCCAGGCCGGCCGGCUGUUCGACCACGGCGGCACCGUCUUCUUCAGCUUGUUCAUGGCACUGUGGGCCGUGCUGCUCCUGGAGUACUGGAAGCGGAAGAGUGCCACGCUGGCCUACCGCUGGGACUGCUCUGACUACGAGGACAUCGAGGAGAGGCCUCGGCCCCAGUUUGCCGCCUCAGCCCCCAUGACAGCCCCGAACCCCAUCACGGGGGAGGACGAGCCCUACUUCCCUGAGAGGAGCCGCGCGCGCCGCAUGCUGGCUGGCUCGGUAGUGAUCGUUGUGAUGGUGGCCGUAGUGGUCAUGUGCCUUGUGUCUAUCAUCCUGUACCGCGCCAUCAUGGCCAUCGUGGUGUCCAGGUCGGGCAACACCCUCCUCGCAGCCUGGGCCUCUCGCAUCGCCAGCCUCACAGGGUCUGUAGUGAACCUCAUCUUCAUCCUCAUCCUCUCCAAGAUCUAUGUGUCCCUGGCCCACGUCCUGACACGAUGGGAAAUGCACCGCACCCAGACCAAGUUCGAGGACGCCUUCACCCUCAAGGUGUUCAUCUUCCAGUUUGUCAACUUCUACUCUUCGCCCAUCUACAUUGCCUUCUUCAAGGGCAGGUUUGUGGGAUACCCAGGCAACUACCACACCUUGUUUGGAGUCCGCAACGAGGAGUGCGCGGCCGGAGGCUGCCUCAUCGAGCUGGCACAGGAGCUCCUGGUCAUCAUGGUGGGCAAGCAGGUCAUCAACAACAUGCAGGAGGUCCUCAUCCCGAAGCUAAAGGGCUGGUGGCAGAAGUUCCGGCUUUGCUCCAAGAAGAGGAAGGCUGGAGCUUCUCCAGGGGCUAGCCAGGAGCGCUGGGAGGAAGACUAUGAGCUUGUGCCCUGUGAGGGUCUGUUCGACGAGUACCUGGAAAUGGUGCUGCAGUUCGGCUUCGUCACCAUCUUCGUGGCCGCCUGUCCGCUCGCGCCGCUCUUCGCUCUGCUCAACAACUGGGUGGAGAUCCGCCUGGACGCGCGCAAGUUCGUCUGCGAGUACCGGCGCCCGGUGGCCGAGCGCGCCCAGGACAUCGGCAUCUGGUUCCACAUCCUGGCGGGCAUCACGCACCUGGCGGUCACCAGCAACGCCUUCCUCCUGGCCUUCUCGUCCGACUUCCUGCCGCGCGCCUACUACCAGUGGACCCGCGCCCACGACCUGCGCGGCUUCGUCAACUUCACGCUGGCGCGCGCCCCGCCCUCGUUCUCCGCGGCGCACAACCGCACGUGCAGGUAUCGGGCUUUCCGGGAUGACGAUGGGCAUUAUUCCCAGACCUACUGGAAUCUUCUUGCCAUCCGCCUGGCCUUCGUCAUUGUGUUUGAGCAUGUGGUUUUCUCCAUCGGCCGGCUCCUGGACCUCCUGGUGCCUGACAUCCCAGAGUCUGUGGAGAUCAAAGUGAAGCGGGAGUACUACCUGGCUAAGCAGGCGCUGGCUGAGAAUGAGGCUCUUUUUGGAACAAACGGAGCAAAGGAUGAGCAGCACCAGGGCUCAGAGGCAAUGGCUGUGUGAACCGCUGGCUGCUGUCGUGCCCUCAUCUCUGGGCACAUUGCCUGCUUCCCCCCAGCGCCGGCUUCUCUCCUGAGAGCACCUGUCACUCCAUCCCCAACAGGGAGGGACUGUCAGCUCACAAGGCCCUCUUUGUUUCCCGUUCCCAGACAUAAGCCCAAGGGGCCCCUGCACCCAAGGCCCCUGUCCCUCGGUGGCCUCCCCAGACCCCUGGACACGACAGUUCUCAUCAGGCCGGUGGGCUUUGUGGUCCUCACCACCCCUGGCUGCAUCACCCGCUCCUCUUACACCUGCUGACCUUCGAAUGUUGCAGAGCACAGGACCUAUCUCCCUCGGGUCCUCUGGACCCACCCGCCUCUUCCUGCCCUGUCCGCGCAGGGACAUCAUCCACAUGCCCCAGCUCUCAGACCCUGCACCUCUGUGUCCCUGGCCACAGCAAGGGUCCGUUCACCCCCUCCCUCCAUUCCCAAUUAUCUGGGUCCUCUGGAUGCUUGUUUCUUGAAUCAGGUUCCCCUUGCCCCCUAGCCACCAUAGGCAGCCUCUGACAGUGUCUCUUUGUCUUCUGCGGCAAUUAAACGUGUCCUUUUGAUCCUUGCCCGACUUCCCUCCCUCUCCCAGCUCCUGGCCCCUGGCCCAGGGCCCCGCUUGCUGUUUUUCUCUCUGUUCCUCGGGGCGUAGUACACAGCAAGCACCCAAAUGGGGGAGGUUUUGGAAUGAGAGGAGGAAACAUGGAUACCUGUAACAUCUGGUGGCUCUUCCCCUAGAAGUUUGUGUGUUUGUACGUAAUUGUUUUCCACCCUGGAUCGCAGCGUGACGUGCAGUUUUGCCCUGUGCUGAGGAGCCACAUGAAUCUUCCCCUGGCUGUUGCCGCCCCACAGCAUUCCCAGUGUAACCGUCCCCUUGCUGACAAAUGGGUCUGUGCUUAUCUGUAUUGAUUUCCUUGGAGUUCUGCAAGUGGCACUUAAGUGUCAAAAA